AUGGAUAUACAACAUGCAAGGCGACGAUUCACCAAGCUUACCUCCAUCUUUUGUGAGCCUCAUCUAGUGCCACAUAAAACACCCCCGGCACAAUACUCCGAGGAUCAAAGGUUAAGAAGAGACCUACUCUACCGACUUAAGAAUAGCCGCUGGAAACGUUGCCAUUAUUACUGCCAGUGCUACCAGAAGCUGUACCCACCUCCAAAAUGGCACUUUCGCCUUAGCUGGCCACUUUCUCGAGGCCCAUGCUUUUAUGCUGGUGAGGUCGAUAUUUGCCCUUGCUUCAGCAUUAAAUUUCCGGAUUUACGUCACUUGAUUGAUAUGGUAAAAUCACAGAAGGACGGGCUACCAAGUCGCCAAGAACAUCACCACUAUGUGUUCCACAAUCUGAGAUUGACCCGCAUCCGUGAGUACUUGGAUCAUUAUUGUGCGUUCACUCAACAUCCUCUUGUCAAAAUUCACAUCACGACGACAUUUUGGAUCGAUAAGUCUAACCAGUCUUUACGGGUGAUUACUUGCUAUUCAAUACGUGGAUCACAAGACAUUUUGUCGCAGAGCCUUGCAAAUCCGAAAGCUCUGGCACACAUGCGCAUAGCGAACUGGCUCAGAAAGCUUUUUGAUGAGGCUGGCUCGGCCUUUGCCGGUUGGCACAAAAAUAGCUACUUUCUGGUAUCAUCAAACCGUCCUGGAAUGCCCAAAGGUCACGAGCCAUCUCUCCUGGAAAUACUCACCACGCGGAACCUAGGAGAUGGUCAAUGGCCCAACAAACAGUGGAAGGCCAAUGUUCAUUCCUAG